AUGUCGACCAAACAAGCUCCUACGCGUCAGGCCAUCACCCUAAAGGGAAGCACUGCGCUUGUAACGGAAUUCUUCAAGUAUGCUGUCAACACCAUUCUGUUCCAGCGUGGAGUGUACCCAUCAGACGACUUUCACAUGGUUAAGAAGUACGGUCAGACCGUGCUAGUGACCCAGGAUCUUGCGCUUGAGAAUUACUUGGACAAGAUCCUGAAGCAAGUGCAGAAGUGGCUUUUGACCGGCUCCGUCACACAACUCGUGGUUGCGAUCAUAUCGAAAGAUUCCCGCACGCCGCUUGAGCGCUGGGUUUUCGAUAUCCAUCUCGUCGAAAAGCCGAGCACGGACGCCACCGGGGCUCCCGCGCCACCGAAGCCUGAAGCCGAGAUUCAGGCUGAGAUUCGUUCCAUCCUGAAGCAGAUCGUGUCUACGGUAACCUUCCUGCCGACGAUGGAUGAGCCGACGGUGUUCAACAUCUUGACGUACACGAACGAUUCCGCCGACGUGCCCGCGGACGAGUGGGUCGAUACAGACCCUCUGGCGAUCGAGGCUGGCAAGAGCCAGCAGGUCAAGUUGCGUAACUUUAGCACGGACGUCCAUCGCAUCGAAGCCAUGGUUGCGUACCGCUACGAAGGGUAA